ACUGAGACGACAAAAUAUCAGAGGUCAUGAAGAGUCUUGGAACUCCAUUCGAGGGCAUUGCAAAGGAUAUUCGAGGAAGAACGUCUUGCUACAAGCAGGAUUGGAUUGCAGGAAUCAGAUCCGGAAUAGGGAUAUUGGCUCCAACUACGUAUAUCUUCUUUGCAUCUGCUCUACCAGUGAUUGCUUUUGGAGAACAAUUGAGCCGAGAGAUAGAUGGGAGCUUGAGCACUGUGGAAACUUUAGUUUCCACAUCUAUUUGUGGUAUCAUUCAUUCCAUACUGGGUAGCCAACCUCUUCUGUUAUUAGGAGUUGCAGAACCUACUAUCAUUAUGUACAGUUACCUCUACAAGUUUGCCAAAGAUAGAGAAGACUUGGGACAGACCCUUUACUUGGCUUGGACUGGAUGGAUUUGUGUCUGGACAGCUCUCAUAUUGUUUCUUCUAGCAAUAUUUAAUGCCUGCUCUAUCGUCAAUAGAUUUACAAGGAUUGCUGGAGAGACUUUUGGCAUGCUUAUCACCGUGCUUUUCAUGCAAGAAGCAAUUAAGGGAAUAGUCAGCGAGUUUCACAUUCCAAAAUCGGAGGAUCCAAGUUCAGAGGAAUAUCAAUUCCAUUGGCUUUACACAAACGGGCUACUUGGAAUCAUAUUCACUAUUGGCCUUCUCUAUACAGCCUUAAAGAGCAGGAAAGCAAGGUCAUGGUGGUACGGCACAGGCUGGUUUAGAAGCUUCAUAGCUGAUUAUGGAGUUCCCUUGAUGGUACUUGUGUGGUCAGCUCUCUCAUUCAUGGUGCCAGGAAAAGUUCCAUCUGGAGUUCCUAGAAGGCUCUAUAGUCCCCUUCCCUGGCAAUCCGCUUCUGUAUAUCACUGGACUGUACUUAAGGAUAUGGGGAAAGUUCCUCCAGCAUACAUAUUUGCUGCCAUAAUACCAGCUCUGAUGAUAGCUGGAUUCUAUUUCUUCGAUCACAGUGUUGCUUCGCAGUUGGCUCAACAAAAGGAGUUCAACCUAAAAAAUCAUUCUGCCUAUCAUUAUGAUAUCUUACUCUUGGGAUUUAUGACUUUGCUAUGUGGUUUGAUUGGAUUGCCUCCUUCAAAUGGUGUCCUGCCACAAUCCCCUAUGCAUACUAAAAGCUUGGCUGUUCUUAAGAAGCAGCUGAUUCGGAAGAAGAUGGUCGAAAGUGCAAAGGAGAGUAUCAAGCAAAAAGCUAGCAACUCUGAAAUCUAUGGAAACAUGCAAACUGUAUUCAUAGAAAUAGACAGUUCUCCUGUUACUGCAGUAAUUAAAGAGUUGGAAGACUUGAAGGAGGCAAUAAUGAAACGCGAAACUGAAGAUGUAGAUGGUGAAAAGUCAAAUAGUAUAUUUGAUCCAGAGAAGCAUAUUGAUGCUUACUUGCCCGUUCGAGUGAAUGAACAAAGAGUGAGCAAUCUAUUACAGUCACUACUAGUGGCAGCAUCAGUAGGUGCUAUGCCAGUGAUAAAGAAGAUACCAACCUCAGUUCUUUGGGGAUAUUUUGCUUAUAUGGCUAUUGACAGCCUGCCUGGAAAUCAACUAUGGGAAAGAAUCUUGCUUCUCUUCAUCACCCCUGGCAGGAGAUUUAAGGUUCUAGAAGGGGUGCAUGCAUCUUUUGUGGAGUCAGUACCAUUCAAAUACAUCGCAAUCUUCACAGUAUUCCAAUUUGUCUUUUUACUAGUGUGUUUUGGAGUCACUUGGAUUCCCAUAGCUGGCAUUCUCUUCCCAUUGCCAUUCUUUCUCCUCAUAAGCAUAAGGCAGCAUUUGCUACCCAAGUUGUUCCACCCUCGUCAUUUGCAAGAGCUUGAUGCAGCUGAGUAUGAGGAAAUUGCUGGUUCUCCUCAACGUGCACUUAGUUUCUCUUUCAGUGAAACGGAGGCUACUAUUCCUAGAACUGAAGAAGGAGAAAUCGAAAUUUCGAUGUCUUUCGAGAUAUUGGAUGCACUUACGACCGAGAGGAGAGUUGAAAGUCAGGACCGCCAGUUCCAGCGAGGCCGAUAA